AUGGAUCCAUCGCUACACCUGGGCCCGUCCUCGGCGUUCGAUAUCGAGCGGCCGGCCUCCUCUCGCUCAGAGACCGCCAGCGUGGGCUCUAGCAACCGUUCCUCCGUCUCGCCUGGCCGAGCACCGUCUAGCUGCUCCACCCACUCCGCUUCCGUCAGCGAAGCAGGCUCGGACCACGCGGCUGCCCUAUCGUCCGUGGCCGAAGAGAACCUGGUCGUUCCUGGAAUCGACGGCAGACCGUUCAGGGUCGCCAAGCUCAAGGUCACCAGCAACGCGACUAGGGCGGCUAGCGAGCGGAGGAGAACGAAGGACGCUAUAUUUGCGUGUCCGAUCGAGAGCUGCGGGAAAAGGUUCACGACGAAGAAUAAUCUCAUAGGCCAUGUCACCGCUCAUCAGGGUCUGAAGCCCCGGAAAUGUCCCUUUCCUGGAUGCGACCAGGCUUUCGCGAGGCAGUCCGACUGCAAACGACACGAGCGAAAACACUACGAGAAGGCGAUGUGA